AUGGUGACGACAGCGCCUUUCAUGGUGACAGCGCUGGGUUCGGACUUUUUGGUAUGGUAUGGCUCCACAGGAGGACAGGAGGCUGCAGACACCGACACGCACACUAGAUACGCGCGGAUGGCCGCCGUCUUCCACGCCAGCACCGUCUUCUACGCACCGGCCGGUAGAGCUGUUUAA